AUGCUCCUGUCAAAAGCAUUUAUAAUUUUGGGUUGUAUAUUCAAUUUUGUUCAAUCAAUAUUCAUAGAGAACGCAUUCACGACAACAGAAUCAAUAAAUUAUUUAUAUCAAACUCCAUUAUAUAAUUUACAUAUACUAAAUAAUGAUUUAUUGGUAGCUAAAAAUAAAGCAAAUCAAUUGAUUGGUAUAGAUUUAACAAAUGAGAAUUCAAUGAAAUGGAAUUUAGGUGAUUUAGUCAACGAUUAUCAAUUGAUUUUCAAUAAUGAUGAAAUAUAUGGUUGGAAAGAGAGUGGAGGAAAUGAAAUAAUUAAAAUUGAAACUAAUGGAUCCUUUGAAUAUAUAGAUGUCGGAAUUGAAGUUGGGCAUUUGUAUAAAGUUCAAUAUGGAGGUAUUAUAAUGUUAGGAAUUAAUGGUGAAUUGAUUUUCAUUGAUCAAAAUAAUAAUUCUCAUAGUAUCAAAUCAACCGGUGUAUCUACAGUUCUAAUAGAUAGCUAUCAAGGAAAUAUUUUUUUGGUUAUAAAUGGGAAAGAAAUUUUGAAACUUACAUCCUCAGGUGCAUUUAUAAAUGAAAAAUCGAUAACUUUAGAUUCAAUCAAAGAGUUUAAAUCUGGAAUUGCUUUAACUCAUAAUGAUCAAAUUUUUAAAGUUGAUCAACAAUUGAAUUUUAAGAGAAUUGAGAAUGAUAGAUUCAAUAAUUUAGCAGUCAUAAAUUCGAAUUUCUUAUACUCAAAAUCAGCAAAUAAUGUAAAAUUAAUCACAAUUGAAAAAAAAGUUGCAAAAGAAAUUCACAAUUUCAAGACAACUUCUUUAGUAAAAUGGUAUUCCAAUCCAUUUAGUGAAAUUUUGAUAGUAAGUGAUGACUUGACUAGAAUAUUCUACGAUUUAAGUGAUUUCUUAUACACUAAAAAAUCAGAUAGUAUUAAAAAGGUGCAGUUGAAAUUAGAACGUGAUUAUCCAUAUGAUUUUGUAAUAAAAACCCAACAAAAUGACUUAGGUUACCUUGCCUUAGAUGACAACCUAAAUGGUGAAUUAUUUAGUUUAUUUAAUGGUCAAAGAUUGAAAACAAUUUCUCCAUCAAAAAAUCAGUACUCAUCGUCAAAAGAUUUAUAUAUUCUUAUUGAUGCACCAGAAAGUGAACAAUCAAAAAUUGAAAAUGAACACUUAUCGAAAGAAUUUAAUAAUGGGUUGAUUUUCACCAAUUGGUUAAAUAGAGUCGUUACCCAUUUAGCUGAUGUAGGCAGAUUUUUUGUUGACAUUCCAAAUUGGUUUACCAAUAUAGAUUCUACAAAUUCCAUCUUCAACAAGUUAGUUGUUUUCUAUGAUGAUAAAAUUGGGAAAUUAAUUGCUGUUAAUUCACAUGAUGAAGGUACUGCAUGGACUACUGAUAUAGGUAGUGAAGAAAUAAUAUCUUUAAAGCAAUUAAAUGAAGAAAAUAAUGGAAACAUCAUUGCAUUAUUCAAAGACACCAUCCAUAUUAUUGACCCUAAUGAUGGGAAAGUUGUUGAAUCAUUUAAAAAUAACAAUUAUCAAGAUGUCAAAAUAGUGGAAGAUCACUAUGUAUUAGAAAAUGAAACAGGUUUUUCCUUGUCCUCACCAGUGGAUUCAGAUAUUUCAUUGUUCAAAAAAACCGAAAGUGAAUUGAUUGGUCAUAUAAUACCACAAGGAAAAACAAGCUCCAUCAAAACUUGGUCAUUUCAUUUCAAUGAUCCAGUUGUUCAAAUUGCAACAAUUCCUAAAGCAUCAAAAAUCUCAUCAGUCGGAAUCCCAUUAGUUGAUAAGAGCAUAUUAUACAAAUAUUUAAAUCGAAAUUUAAUAACAAUUAUAACAAUGGAAGAGAAUUUAAAAUUGUAUUUAAUUGAUGGGAUAACUGGUGAUUUAUUAUACACAUAUUCUUCCCAAAAUGAAAUCAUAGAUCCAAAUUCAAUAUCAUUGGUGAUUGAUGACAAUUGGAUCGUAUAUUCAUAUUUCACGAUCUCACCAAGGUUGGAACAAAGAAUUAACGUCAUAGAUUUAUUCUCAAACAAACAAAAUUCCAAAAUAACUAAAAUCUCAAAACAAUCAUUCAUUUAUCCAGAACGUAUAUUAAAAUUAUCAUCAACUCAAUCAAAACAUGGAAUUACUAUUAAAUCCAUUGUGGUAUUAACAGAAUCAGGAUCAAUAGUGGAAAUUCCUAAAUUUAUAUUAAAUUCAAGAAGACCAACCACGGAGAUGAAACAAGAUGAUUUCGGCAAUGAUUUUAAAUUAUUUCCUUAUGAUCCAAUAGUACCUAAAAAUCACAAUCAAGUUAUAAAUCACAAAUAUCAAUUAAAUUCAACUAAUGGAAAAUUACUAGUUAAACCAACACAAUAUGAAAGUUCAUCUGUAGUUUGUUAUUUCAACUCCCAAAAUCAAUUUUGUUCGAUUUUAAAACCAAGUUUAUCUUUUGAUUUAUUAAAUAAAAAAUUUGAAAAGGGGAAAUUGAUAGGAACUAUUGUUAUUUUAAUUGUAGGGUAUUUAGUAAGUAAACCUUAUGUGAACAAGAAGAAAUUGAAGAGUCAAUGGUUGGAUUUUAAGUGA